AUGAGGCAUGAGAUUCAGAGAUUGAACAGCCGGGAGUUGGCGUUACCUCCGGUCAGAUGUGGUCAACUCAGCUUGGAGCGAGCAAGCCUCUCGUUAUCACCGCGUUAGUUGUUACGCGUUGACGGGGCAUCACUCUCCCGACCUGUCCUCCUGCAUUUACCUGGCCCUUUGAGCCAAGCCUACGCGCCUAUCAGCUCUUUAGCGGGUCCUUGCUCGCUCGACUUGAGAAUAAGGUCGCGGUAUUAUUCUUUCAAGGUUAUUUCCUUGUCUUUAAGGCCUUUAUAUUCAGAUCCUAUGGGAGUUUUUAUUUUCACGGCGUUGUUUUGGACCUUAAGUGGAGUGGGAUGCCUGCAUCUAUCCUCCUCUCUACAGGUUGGAAAGGUUGCUGACUGUAUUCAGGACUCCCUGAAUAGUAAUGGCGGUGUGCCACAUCCUGGCUGUGACAAACUGAAAACUGAUGAUGCUGUCCACAGGCACCAGGGUCUCCUGAGGGAGCUGCAGGAGCUGGCCCAGGAGGAGAGGGAAAGAGAGAGAGACUAUGGGAGGGAGAAAAAGCGAAAUGAGGAGAACCAGGCUGAGGGAGAGAGGGACAGAGAGAGGAGGGAGGAGGAGGAGCAGAAUGAUGACCAGAAGGACACUGAGAAAGAAGAACUGAGAGAGAAAGAGAUGAAGGCAGAAGGGGUAGAGGAGGAGAAGGUGGAGAUGAAGGACAGAACGAAUGAGGAGAUGAGAGAAGAGCCCAGACUGGAGGAGAAAAGGGGGGAUGAGGGAGAGAACGCGAAGGAGCUGGAGGAGCUCUUCUCAAAGGAGCUAAUGAAGAUAGGAGAGGAGGAAAAAGAGGACAGGGAGCUUGAGGAGCUGCUCAAGGAGCUGAAGAAGAAAAGGUAUGAGUCUGUGAAGGAGAAAGAGCUCCAUAGUGGGUCAGAAGCAGAGGAGGAGAGGAACAAGGAUGAGGGGGAGGAGCAGAAAAAGGGAGAGAAAGAGCAGCUAGAUAUUCUUGAGAUUGAAGAGAGGAAACGCAGCAAGGAGAGGAACAACAACGAGGUGGAGCUGCUGGUGGAGAAAGAGAAGGUGGAGCGGGAGCUCAAGGAGCUGUUGGAGGAACAGGACAGCAAGAAGAACGUGGAGAAGGAGAAAGAGAGGGAGGAAAAACAGGAGGAACUAGCGGAGCUCCUCAAAAAGAUGAAACGUGUGCAAGAGGAGGAGGAGGAGAGAAAAGAGGAGGAGAAGAGAGAAACUGCCGGGGAUGAGGCGAAAGUGGACAAUGAGCGUGAGAAGGAGGGAGAGAUUCGCAAGGAAUUGGAGAAGGUGAAAGCGGGAGAGAGUGAGGAGGUUAAGGAUCCUCAGCAGAAGAGAGUGAUGGAGAAAGCAAGUGAUGAGUCGACACGUCAAUUUGAAAAGGAGAGGAACAGGGACGAUGACGAUGAUGAAGAAGCAGAUGAGGCAGAUGAGGUUGAAAACAAUGAGGAUUGGGAAGAGGAAGAGGAGGAUGAGGAUAAAAAGGAGGAUGUUGAGCAGGAUGAAGGAGAAGAGCUUCUGGAGAUUGAGGCAGAGCUGCGAAAAGUGGCUGCAGAGCUUCGGGAGCUUCACAGGGGUCGUUAAGUUCUAAAUUACACACACACACACACACACACACGCACACAACACAAGACAGACAGAUAACGACCCAGUGCAGCACUCUCUCUCAUGCUAUCACACACAGAAACACACACAACUAACAUACUUAGUAACAUACUUAAUAAUCAUAAUGCUUUUGAUGGGAUGUAGUUCUGUAAGUAGUUGCAUUUGAGUAAAAACAAACAAGUACACUUCUCCCCAUCCCUGCAUUCAGAGAUUACAAGCUCUUUAGAUGUGUCUUUCUGUGUGCUGCCAUUAUCAAAGAUUGUUUAGUAGGCAAGAUGUACAACCUUGCACAUGUAAAGCUAUCGUUAGUCUACAUCUCAUGAUACAAGGUCGUUAAGUGGGAAAGACAUCUCCUUUACGGUAUGUCUCGUGUAUAUAUUUUGUGCAAUAAUUAAAAAUCUAUGUGUGAGAUUUGUUAUGGUCAUUAAGACUGUUAAUGUAAGCAAUUAACUUACACUGUUAUUACACUGUUAUUACUGUUAUUACAAUUAACUUACACUGUUAUUUAUAAUAUUGACAUAUUGAUUUCUGUGAUUUAUUUCCAUGUGUAUAUGAACAAAAUGUGAGGAUUGUGCUAUCUGGCUAAUGCACUGUUAAUAUCAGACUGUUAAUUAAGAACUGGGGUGACACUCAGGGACAAUCUCCAUUGCAUACUCCUCGCGUAUUCUCUCCUCACCUCCUUCUCAAAACCCAUUGGAGGAGGAGGUCAGAGAGGAGAGCGUCUGUCUUUCUCAUCCAAUGGGUUUUGAGAAGGAGAUGAGGACGUGAGGAGUAUGCAAUUGAGAUCUUCCCUCAGAAAGAGAUGGCGUGUGACCACGGAAACCUCUUUGGUAUUGAUGUACAGUGUGUCAUAACAUAAUGUUCUAUAAUAAGAAGAGCAUGAUUGUUCCUGAAGUUUAUUUUUUUAAAUUUUUGCAGUUCGGGUCACCAAGGUGGUCAAGAGUCAUAGAAAUAGAAUGAAUGGAAAUGUCCGUUCUAGUAAUUAUAUUUCUAUGGCCAGGGUGGCACCCCAGCUCUUCUCCCAACUUUGCACUCCUAUCUUAACCAGCCAAGGAAGUCUAGCGAGGGGAGUGACAUCACUAAGACAUCUCUGGUAUGUGGUCCUAAUAAACAAUGACAGUUCUAAAACUUUUUUUUAAGUUGGCAAGAUAUUGAUGUUCACCGUCAUCCUUUUUCAUAGUUUGGGAUCUCCACUGUUACGCAGCCAUGUUUGAAUAAGAAAUAUUAGGAAACAUGUUAAAUCAAUAUAAGUUGCGUGGUUAAUAACAUGUGGAGGAAUAACAAUAACUGCAAUACAAGAAGAAGAGGAAUAUUAAGACAACUUAUUCAAACCAAUAAAGUUAUACAAAUGUACAUAUUAAAGCAAAAUAUAUGAUGAUGAUUCUCUGUAAAUGUACUUUAUUAUGUAAUUAAAAUGCAUCAUGAAUUGA